AUGAGGCAGUACUCCAUAAAGAUUAUUGUCAAAAUCAACAAGAGCUUGCUAAAUCGUUGUGAGCUACACAAUCAGCAAUUUCAAAAUAUUUGCGAUCAGCUGAAUGCAUCCAAAAGCACGGGAAUUGGCCCCAUUUGCAAGUCGAACACGAAAAAAUCACACUCACAAAUAUCUAUCUAUCAAAAUAAAUAUUUUCAUGGUCAAACUCAAGGUCAAACUGAAGGUCAAAUUCAAGGUCACACUCAAGGUCACACUCAAGGUCAAACUCAAUGUCAAACUCAAGGUCAAACUGAAGGUCAAACUCAAGGUCAAACUCAAUAUCAAACUAAAUGUCAAACUCAAGGUCAAACUCAAGGUCAAACUCAAGGGCAAACUCAAGGUCAAACUCAAGGUCAAACUCAAUGUCAAAUUCAAUGUCAAACUCAAGGUCAAACUCAAGGUCAAACUCAAUGUCAAACUCAAGGUCAAACUCAAGGUCAAACUCAAGGUCACACUCAAGGUCACACUCAAGGUCACACUCAAGGUCAAACUCAAUGUCAAACUCAAGGUCAAACUGAAGGUCAAACUCAAGGUCAAACUCAAGGUCAAACUCAAUGUCAAACUCAAGGUCAAACUCAAGGUCAAACACAAGGUCACACUCAAGGUCACACUCAAGGUCACACUCAAGGUCAAACUCAAUGUCAAACUCAAGGUCAAACUGAAGGUCAAACUCAAGGUCAAACUCAAGGUCAAACUCAAGGUCAAACUCAAGGUCACACUCAAGGUCAAACUCAAGGUCAAACUCAAGGUCAAACUGUAGGUCAAACUCAAGGUCAAACUGAAGGUCAAACACAAGGUCAAACUGAAGGUCAAACUCAAGGUCGAACUCAAUGUCAAACUCAAUGUCACACUCAAGGUCACACUGAAGGUCAAACUCAAGGUCAAACUCAAGGUCACACUCAAGGUCAAACUCAAGGUCGAACUCAAGGUCACACUCAAGGUCAAACUCAAGGUCAAACUCAAGGUCAAACUCAAGGUCGAACUCAAUGUCAAACUCAAGGUCAAUCUCAAGGUCAAACUCAAGGUCAAACUCAAGGUCACACUCAAGGUCACACUCAAGGUCAAACUCAAGGUCAAACUCAAGGUCAAACUCAAAGUCAAACUCAAGGUCAAACUCAAGGUCAAACUCAAGGUCACACUCAAGGUCACACUCAAGGUCAAACUCAAGGUCACACUCAAGGUCAAACUGAAGGUCAAACUGAAGGUCAAACUCAAGGUCACACUCAAGGUCAAACUCAAUAUCAAACUCAAUGUCAAACUCAAGGUCAAACUCAAGGUCACACUCAAGGUCAAACUCAAUGUCAAACUCAUUGUCAAACUCAAUGUCAAACUCAAGGUCAAACUCAAGGUCACGUUCAGUUAAAUCUUUAUCAUAAUCCCAUGAAUAAUAUACAAUUGUACUUGAGACACCACUAA